CCACUUCAGAAACAUUUGCAACAUCUCCCUCGGAUGGCUUUUCUUUCCAGACCACAAACUGCCUGGAGGGAGCUGUGUCUGUGCUGGCAAUGGCCUCUCAACCCGUGAUUACGGUCCAGCCGCAGUUUACGGUUGCCCCGCAGCAGGGGCAGUGGCAGACGGGGCUGAUGGAUUGCUGCUCCGACUGCGGCGUGUGUCUUUGUGGAAUGUUCUGCUUCCCGUGUCUGGAGUGCCAGGUGUCCAGGGACAUGGACGAGUGCUGCAUGUGUGGCAGCAGCGUGGCCAUGAGGACCCUGUACCGCACCAGAUACAACAUCCCGGGCUCCAUCAUGGAUGAUUUCUGCGUCAUCUGGUGCUGCACCCCGUGUAGUCUCUGCCAGCUGAAGAGAGACAUCAACCGGAGGAAGCAGAUGGGCAUAUUCUGGUAA